GAAGAAAUUUCCAUCAUGACAACUUCCUGCAGAGCAGAAACAUGUGAGAAACGUGCCUUCGUACUACUUCACUGUUUACUGAUAUUUAUAUGGCAAGAUCUUUAAUGUUAUCGCGACUUGUAUAUAACAAUAUCUGCCAUAGUCAGUAAUCAACAGUGUUGUUUUAGAGACGUUUGGCGGCUGUGAAGAACAGCUGAACACGUGUUGAAAAUGCCUGCAGUUACUUUAUUUGUCAAUAAAUUACCUGCAACAGCCACCAAUGAACAACUGGCUGAAGUUUUCUCUGAAAUAGGACCUCUGAAGAACUGCUUUGUUGUCAGGGAUAGAGAGACUGAAAAAUGCCGUGGCUUCGGAUAUGUUACGUUUUCAAUGGAAGAUGACGCACAGCGGGCCAUAACAGAAGUCAAAGAGUAUGAAGGCAGGAAGAUAGCUGUAACUGUGGCUAAGAAAAAAACCUGAUGAUAAGAAAAAGAGGAAAGUGAAAACAGAAGAAGGUUAGAUGCUCAUGCUUAUAUUUUACUCCUGGAUUAUUCAGAAGAUUCAAAGAAACCAGAGGAAGCAACAGAAACCAAAAGUCCUGCAAAGUCUACAGGCGUAAAGAAGAACAAACUGAAGGCUCGACUGAUCAUCAGAAAUCUCAGUUUUAAGUGUGAAGAAAAGGAUUUGAGACAAAUCUUCUCAGAGUUUGGAACCGUGAUUGAGUCCAAGAUUCCCUUAAAACCAGAUGGAAAGAAGCGAGGUUUUGCAUUUGUGCAGUUUAAGAACAUGGCCAGCGCUGGAAAAGCUCUGGCUGCGAUGAAUCUGAAGGAGAUCAAAGACAGACAGGUGGCUGUGGACUGGGCCGUUGCAAAGGACAAGUUUGUCGGUACUCAAUCAGCUGGAGCAGCUGGAACCAUCAAAGAGGAGAAUGUGAAUUCUGAAGGUGUGGGAGGUGAUGGGAAUAAAGGUGGCAAGAAAAAGCCCAUAUCACAGGAAGUUAAGGACGACUCGGAGUCAGAAGAAGAGGAGGCAUCUGAGGAAGAGGAGGCACCUGAGGAAGAGGAGGAGGAGGAUGAUGAAGCCAAUAGUAGUGAAGAGGAUGAUGCAGAAGGUGACUCUGAAUCUCAGCAAACAGACAGUGAUGACAGUGAACCUGAUGAUGACGAUGAUGACGAUGAUGAUGACGAUGACACUGAGAGAAAAACACUUCCAAAGAAGAAGCGUGACCCUCUUUCUUCAGACGUGAAAGAGGGAAGAACCGUCUUCAUCAGAAAUCUGUCUUUUGACACAGAAGAAGAGGGUUUGGAAAAAGCGUUGCUGCAGUUCGGUGUGCUAAAUUACGUACGUGUGGUGAUGAACCCAGACACAGGAUAUUCAAAAGGUUGUGCUUUCGCUCAGUUCGGAAGUAAAGAAGCAGCGGAGAAAUGUAUCGCUGCUGCUACUCAAGAUGAAAAAGAGUUUGGUGGCAUUAGGGUCGAUGGCAGGAGAUUGAAUAUUUUGCCCGCCGUAAAUAGAGAUGAUGCUGCAAAAUUCAAGGACAAGAAAGUGAAAACUCACACAGGCGCCAGAAACCUUUACCUCGCCAGAGAGGGCUUGAUUCGUCCCGGAUCCAAGGCUGCAGAAGGAGUUUCAGAAGUUGAUAUGGCCAAGAGGACAAAGUUUGAGGAGCUGAAAAGGACCAAGUUAAAGGACAUUAACAUUUAUGUGUCUAAAACACGGCUGUGUGUUCAUAACCUGCCUAAGAAUGUCGAUCAGAAGAAACUUCAAAAGCUCUGCUUCUCUGCUGCUGGUGGUAAAGGGGUCCGCAUUACUGAGUGUCGUGUGAUGUAUGACAGGAAGCCUGUUCGGGGGCAAGUGAUCGGCAAGUCUUUGGGAUACGGCUUUGUGGAGUUUAAGGAGCAUGAACAUGCUCUACAAGCCCUACGGUACCUCAACAACAACCCAGACAUCUUUGGACCCCAAAAGAGACCCAUCGUGGAGUUCUCUCUGGAGGAUGGCAGGAAGCUGAAACUUAAAGCUGUGCGUUUGGAAAACAGCAAGAAGCAACUCAAAAAAGGCAGCAGCCAAAAAGGAGAGCAGAUGCAACAGCAGCAGCAUUCGGGGAAGAAGAAAGGACCUCUGAAGAAAGGAAAUGCAGCUAAUGCUUUUAAACAGGAGAAGGAACAAGGAAACCAGUACAGCGGCUUUAAGACCAAACCAGAGGUAGAGCAUGUAGAACUGCAGGACGGCAAAAAACGGCUGAAGGUUCUGCACAUGCCAUCACACAAAGGCCCAAAGAUCAGGGCACGCGAUAAAGGUAAACGACCCAUUGUACAACCCAAGAAACCGAAGAAAGGGCCCAGCAAGCAAGGGAGAAAGACGUCUACUUUCAUUGAGAAAUCCAGCAUGAACAGGAAACAGAAUGCCAAACCUGCAAAGAGAAAGUUCCAGAGCAGAGAGGAUGUCCGCUUUGAUGCUUUGGUGAGCCAAUACAAAAAGAAGAUGACAGGAACAUCAAACACACAGACUGCACUCAAAAAGACCAAAUGGUUCAGCUGAACAUGUAAAAAUGUUAAAAACCUCUCAGAGAAGGACUGAAUCUAAUAUUUUGAGCUUUUAAAAUGGAAAAAGUCAGGUUUUUUUAACAUGUGGUAUUGUUUGUUUGUAUCAGACGUUUAUAUCUGUUACAGAUAUAUAACAGAAUACGCAACAGACUGUGUUUUGUUGAGACGUCUCUUGAACUACACAUGUGUAUCAAGAGAGUUCCACGCCAAGUGUCUGUUUCCUGCUGUUUUGGCACGGAGAGUUUUUUAAACAUUACAAAGUUAGUGCUUUUUGUAACCGGAUGAAUCGUCAACUGUUAUCGACAUGGACUUUGCCUUUAUAGUUCGGCUGUCAUUAUUUAACUGCUCUCCUCGAACUUUGGAAACAGGUGUACUUGAUUUAAACACCAACAGGCAGUUCCUGUCACCCCUUGUUAAAUAAAUUAUGUAAUGCUCCUUUGUUGAUAAAGUCUGAAAAAAAGAAACUUGUUUUUAUUGCUGUAUAAAAAAUUAAGUGAUACCAACAUCCGAAACUGAUAACAGCAACAGAUUGUGGUUUUUAAUGACUUAAAUGUCCAGAGCAGGGUUGCUUAUGGCUAUUAUAAAUAAUAACAGUAACCUCAGUAAAUAAAUUACAAAACACUUAUUAGAUGCAAUAUUUAAAAUGCACUAAAAGAAGACGCUUUGUUGUGGUGGAACAAAGCUGUGGAUUUGACAUUACAAAAGCUAAAUAAACAUGAUAUUCAACUGCAAAUGUCAAAAU